UCCUCUAUCAGGUGAAGCUGCUGGACAUUGGGAUGGCGGAUGAUCUGGAAAAAUUCAAAGUCAUCAGGAGGAUGCAGCUGCUCCAGCAGGCUGCAAAUGCAUAUGACCUGGAGCCCAACGAGCGAUUUGGGGCCUGGUUCCAGGCCAUGGAGCCCAUCAGUGUCCAUGAGAGCUACUGGGUCUCCUGCCGGCUGGAGCCCGCACACCAGAAGGCGAGCAAAAUGCGGCUCUUCAGGAGAAAGAGGAACCGGACAUCCUCCAGUUCAGGGCCGACCACCACACCCUUGGCGAUGAGCCGUCACACUCUGGAGACCACAAGGGCAGCUCCUCCUGACCAGCAGGGACACUGGCGCCCUCGGGGUGCACCGGGCCAGCUCUUCCCACCCUGAGUGAACGAUGACAUCCUAAGACUUUCCCUGGUUUCCCCUAAAGCCCCAGAGGGAGGGCACCACCCCUUCCAACUCCCUGACAUCUCCACCCCUGCGACCGUUAACCCAUUGGGGAGGAGUGAUAUUAUUUCUUUAAUAGUAAAUGGUAGGUUUGACUCUUACGUUAUAUCCUGUUUCUGUCGCAGCCUGGGUGUUGUG